AUGCAAUCGGUUUUCUAUGAAAUCUUCAUAUCUUCUUUUUCCAAUAUCACGUCGAUCGGAACUCGGCAUAGAAACGUUGGCGCCAAGCGGGUUCUGAGCCAAUCAGAUUCUCAGAUCAACGCAAACGGAAGUGUGUGCCAAUCAGAAGUCGACAGAGACGUGGAGCACACAAAAGGCGCGGCAUCGCACAAUCUGAAGGACAGCAUCUACAGAUCACCACGGUCCAGAGGAACAGAAAAGAAUAUCACGCGACGACAGACCGCCGACAACGACACACGGAAUCGAAGUGACACGUUCAUCCGACAGGCGGAGAAUACGUGGCACAGACAAGCAACUGCCAAAUACCAACCACACCCGGGUAUGACAGAGGGCGAAAUACAGUACUAG